ACACCUCGCCAUGUUGUACGGGGAUGGCAGCUCCUCGUUCAGCUGUCACAACACAAAUCACAUUGAAAAGCAAAGUUACGAAAACUUGAGAAAUUUUAGCAAACUUACCACAAAACUAAGCCCAGUUUGAUCAGCAAAUCGUCCAGUGAGUCUAUCCCACAGCCAUGGGAAACACGGUGUCUGCCGCUGAAAAGGUUGCCUCGAACAUAGUGCCCAACACAUUGACGAAGGGCGAAGAUGCAGCACUACCGAAGGGACAUCCACCGCUUGGCGAUAAAGCAGCCAUGUCCGGUAAUCCUCCGCCCGAAUGUCCGAUGCACCAAAAACAGCAACCCAAAGAACAACCAGUGCUCGUAUCCGAGUGUCCAAUUAAGCACGAUGGAGCGGAAGUGAACCCGCUGAACAUGAUGCCACCGGCAAAUCAAAAUCCCGCCCCGGGCCAACCGUUCCCACUGCCUACCGAGCGCCAGGUGUCGUCGAUUCCGAAAGCGACCACCGACGGUAAGCAGGAGUUUUGGGUGUACCCAAGUCAGCAGAUGUUCUGGAAUGCGAUGCUGCGCAAGGGCUGGCGCUGGGAAAAGGACGAUAUAGCUCAGAAAGACAUGGACGACAUUAUAAAGAUACACAACGCCAACAAUGAGCAGGCCUGGCAGGAGGUACUUAAGUGGGAAGCGCUGCACGCCCGCGAAUGUGGCAAUCCACGGCUGAAGAGCUUCGGCGGCAAGGCAACCGAUUACAGCCCGCGGGCUAAGAUUCGCAACAUGAUGGGGUACGAGCUGCCGUUCGACCGACACGACUGGAUCAUCGAUCGCUGUGGCAAGGAUGUGCGCUACGUCAUUGACUACUAUGACGGUGGCAUGGUGGACGAGAAGUACAAAUUUGCCCUGCUGGAUGUGAGGCCCGCGAUGGAUUCGUUCGACAACGUGUGGGAUCGCAUGAAGGUGGCCUACAUGCGGUGGAAGUUCGAGCUGGAGGACAAACUGAAGGAGCUGACAAACUAAGCGAACUGGGUCGCUGGCGCCAUACGAAUUGUUUAGAGUGUACGACAGCUUCUUGAGAUACGUUUCGUGCGACUUAGGAUCAGAAAGUACCACGGUUGACGAAGGAGUACAAUUAAAUUAUCUAGACUAACUGCACUCACCAAUAACGAAAAAGUACCCUAUGUUUGCAACACUUGCGUAGAGAAUGUAACAAGUUCUCGGAAUAAAUUCUAGGCCUCGUGUUUUACCCACCUUAAA